GGGAUUAUAAUCCGAAGCCCAAUCCAAUUUUCCUGAAGAGGCCCAUGAACAAAAUAGAUCCAUCCAUCCAUUCCAUCAAAUCGAGGUUUGAGGUUUUUCGUUAGGACACUGGCGUUUGUGUUGUGAGAAGAAGAAUGGCGGAAGAAGCAGUUCUAGGUUACCUGGAAACUAACGACGAGAUUAUAGAUUCAGGUGAAUUUGCAGCUCAACGAGGCAUUGACCACAAUGAAAUUGUCAACGUCAUUAAGAGUCUCCAUGGUUUCAGAUACGUUGAUGCUCAAGACAUUAAGAGAGAGACAUGGGUGUUAACUGAUGAAGGAAACUCUUACACUACACUAGGAUCCCCCGAAGUGCAAUUAAUGUUGGCUAUUCCACCCGAAGGUAUCUCCAGAGAUGAACUUCAGAAAAAGUUGGGUCCUUCAGUUUUCAAGAUAGCUUGUGCUCAAGCUGCUAAGAAUAAAUGGGUGGAGAUGGGAAAACAACUCAUAUCUAAGAAGGUCCAACAUGUGGAAGAUAGAGUCAAAGACCUACUUCUUCAAAUACAACAGGGACAGGGCAUUGGUUCAGAUGAUAUCAAAGCACUCAAAGCAAGAAAGCUUAUUGUUCCACAGACAUGGAAGGGUUACUCAGUGAAAAAGGGCCCUAACUAUGCUCCAAAAAGAAAGAAGGUUCUCACUGAUUUAACUCGAGAAAAUUUGCAGAGUGGCGAGUAUAAGGAUUCAGAGUUCAAAGAGUACAAUUUCAGUGCUAAAGGUCAGCCUCUUGAAGGGGGCAGUCUACAUCCACUGUUAAAGGUACGGUCUCAAAUGAAACAAAUUUUCCUCUGUAUGGGGUUUGAGGAGAUGCCCACAAAUAAUUAUGUUGAGAGCAGCUUCUGGAACUUUGAUGCUUUGUUCCAGCCCCAACAACAUCCAGCUCGUGAUUCACAUGACACCUUCUUUUUGGAAACUCCUUCAACAACAAAGGAACUGCCUGAAGAUUAUGUUCAGCGGGUGAAGCAAAUUCAUGAAUCUGGUGGUUAUGAGUCUAGGGGAUAUGGGUACGACUGGAAAAGAGAGGAAGCAAAUAAAAACCUUCUGCGGACCCACACAACUGCUGUUUCUUCCAGGAUGCUGUACCAACUGGCACAGAAACCAUUUUCUCCGAAAAAAUAUUUCUCUAUAGAUCGUGUAUUUCGAAAUGAAGCAGUUGACCGAACACAUCUUGCAGAGUUCCACCAAAUAGAAGGCCUUGUAUGUGAUCGAAAUCUCUCUCUCAAGGACUUAAUGAAAGUUCUACGCGAUUUCUUCAAACACUUGGGCAUGACCAAGCUGAAAUUCAAACCUGCUUUCAAUCCAUACACUGAACCUAGCAUGGAGAUUUUCGGUUAUCAUGAAGGCUUUAAAAAAUAUGUUGAGGUAGGAAACUCUGGCAUGUUUAGACCUGAAAUGUUGCGGCCGAUGGGGCUUCCUGAAGAUGUCCAGGUUAUUGCAUGGGGUCUUUCUCUUGAAAGGCCAACUAUGAUUAUGUAUGGGAUAGAUAACAUCAGGGAUCUCUUCGGACACAAGGUGGAUCUUGCCCUUAUUAAGAAAAAUCCAAUAUGUCGACUUGGAAUUGAAUGAAGUGACCCAUUCCUGUCGGAUAGAUUUCUUUGUCGUGCAUAAUUUUUUGAUACAUCUGGAUUAAGUUUGAUUUCUGUACGAAGAAUUUUGAUUGUCUGUAAUAGUAGCAUUUUUCUACUGAUUUGGAAAUAUUUAUGACAUCAGUACCUCAUUACAAUUUCUUUUGGUGCGGAAAAAAUUACGAUAGUGAAAAGUAAAUGACAUUCUCAGCUGUUGUGGUGAAUGGUGAUAGAAUG